AUGAUCGAACUUUUUCUGUUUGCGAUUGUCGCAUUACUAUUCUCAUACCUCUACACGAAACUGAAAUAUUUGCGCCUCCUGCAGUAUGCGCACAUCCCGCAGUUGCCGAAUCAUCUCCUCUGGGGACAUCUCAAAACCUUUGGCGAAUUCAUGCAACGUGGAAUACAUGACCGCCAUCCAGACAAAAUCUUUGAGGAGAUGUGGGCUUCUCUGGGCCGUCCUCCUAUCAUGCUUGUAGACCUUCGACCCAUCAAUCCUCCCAUGGCCCUCAUAUCCAGUCAUGACAUCGCCGAACAGAUUUCUAAACCUUCAAAGCAUUUCCCUCUUAGCACACCUAAAUCACCGACAUGGACCCACAUGAUUCCACUCAUAGGGUCGACAUCGAUCUUAGGUAGAGAGGGCCUUGAUUGGAAAGACCUGCGAAAAAGGUACAACCCAGGAUUCACAGCCCAACACCUGUCAUGUCACUUGCCUCUCAUUAUUGAGAAGACGGAACCCUUUUGGACCUACCUGGAUCGGUUUUCUGCUUCGGGAGAGGAGUUCUCUCUAGAGACACUUAUUUCUAAUUUGACCUUUGAUGUCAUCGGUGCUGCCGUCUUAGAAAUGAACCUUAAUGCUCAGGUUACGGAUAGUUCAAAGCAAAGUGAAGUGAUCCGAUUAUUCAGGGAGCUUGUCCAGACAUAUAACGAUGAUAAGAACAACCUCCCAUGGUGGAUCGACCCACUGACUGCGCUGAAAAGAAAACGCCUAGCCAGGCGAAUCGAUACCCUUGUAAAAAGAAUAAUACAGCAGAAGUACAUAGAAACAAAAGAAGAAGCAGAAGGGAAUAGAUCGAAGAGUAUUCUCGCGCUCAGUUUCCAAAGCACCGAAGAGCUGACGCCUCAGCUUCUAUCGACGACGUCAGACCAGAUACGCAGUUUUCUAUUCGCAGGCCACGACACCAAUACUAGCGCACUCCAGUGGAUUUUCUACGAAUUGAGCCGUACACCACGCGCGCUCAAAGCUGUUCGAGACGAACUCGAUGAGGUUCUGGGACCGGAUUCUGAUCCUCUGGCGAUAAGCGCAAUUUUAGCACAGGAGGGCGAGCAUCUCCUGCCGUGCAUGCAAUAUAUCAAUGCUGUGAUUAAAGAGACCCUCCGUUUGCAUCCACCGGCUAGCACUGUCCGCAUGACAGAACCUGGCACCGGUUUUACAGUUCGUGCGUCUACUGGCGAGGAGUAUUGCCUCGACGGCGUUAUCAUGUAUUCGUGCCAGAGUAUUAUCCAGAGAGACUCAGCCGUUUACGGAGACACGGCAGAUGACUGGGUGCCUGAACGUUGGCUCGGUGAAGCAGCUAAGGAUAUUCCCCCAAGUGCGUGGCGGCCAUUUGAGCGAGGUCCGAGAAAUUGCAUCGGCCCGGAGCUUGCGAAUCUUGAAUCACGCAUCAUCGUCGCCAUCGUGGCUCGCAAGUACGACUUCAUCAAGGCCGGCUUAGGUGAGAGUGUCUUGGACGAGAAAGGACUCCCUAUGAUUAAUGAAAAGGGGCAGUAUAAAGUCAAGUCGGAAUUAUACAAUACACGAAGGAUGACUUCGAAGCCUGUAGAUGGGACGAUGAUGAGAGUUAAACGAGUUGCUAAGCCGUAGUUGGGUAUGCCAGUGCCAAAAUUCCUCGCGGGGGAAAGUGGAGUAGUAGGUAAUAGUGUCAUGAUAACUCCUCGUGCCUUCGGCAAGACGCUUUAAGAAGGGAAAUGAGCAGCUAUUAGGAAAAUACUUCCUGUAUGUCGAAUAUCUCUUGUAUUUUCAUAAAAGAACAAGUCAACGCCUUUAAAAACCGCAGUACCGAAGGCGCAGGGCGGCGUGAUAAGCC